AUGGGGAGAGGGAAGAUAGAGAUAAAGAUGAUAGAGAACUCGACAAACAGGCAGGUGACUUACUCCAAGAGGAGGGGCGGCCUCUUCAAGAAGGCCAAGGAGCUCACCGUGCUAUGCGAUGCCCAGGUCUGCCUUCUAAUGGUCUCCUCCACCAGCAAGUUCUGCGACUACUGCAGCCCCUCCACCACGUCUGUGUGAAAACGAUCCUCUCUCUCUCUCUCCUUCUCCCUUUAUAUCUACCUUCUCUGUGCAUCACAUGCAACUCUCCCGUGUUUACCAGCACGCAGGCCAUCUUCGAUCGUUACCAGCAGACUACGGGGAUUGAUAUCUGGAAGGAACAUUACGACGUAGGAAGAAUCUCUCUCUCUCUCUCUCUCUCUCUCUCUCUCUCUCUCUCUCUCUCUCUCUCUCUCUCUCUCUCUCUCUCUCUCUCUCUCUCUCUCUCUCUCUCCAUGUUAUGUUACUCGACAGAACAAACGCUAGAUCUAAAAAAAUGCUCAUAUCUCCUUGGCAGAACAUGAAAAACCAGUUGCUUCACCUCCAGGCCACCAACAUGAAGCUCCGGCGGGAGAUCAGGCAGCCGCCCAACCCGUUCCUCGCAGGAUUAAAUCGAACAAAAAAUAGGAAAUUACUGUUUUCUGAAUAUAGUUUCAUUAUCUGAUAAUAUAAACGAACGAUUUUUUACGCAAUUUAUUUGGUGUAAUGUGUCGGAAUCAGCCAAAGGAUGGGUGAGGAGCUGGAUGACCUGGACAUGAACCAACUGCGCAGUCUUGAGGAAGAUUUGGAAACCUGUUUGGAUUCCAUCCGUGAGAGAAAGGUUAGCUUCCCUUUUCUAAAAAUUCAUUUAUUUCCUCUCAGAAGUAAGAAGUACCCUAGAAAUAUAUCAACUUUGUAUCCUUUCUUUCUUCCUUCCUCCGUCGUCAUCUGAAAACCCUAAUCGCAGUCUGUAAUCUCCAAAUGGGUUUAAAUGGGGAGGAAAUAGAAGAAGGAACCAGUGAUACAGAUUUUUGUGUGUUCCAUGGAAGAUCAUUCCUUGUGCGCCAGUCUGCCACUACUCGAUUUCUCCCUUCUGCUGACUUCGCUUCUUUUCCGUGGCACUGACAACAGAUUAAACAGAUCGUCACUCAGACGGAAACCUACAAGAAGAAGGUGAGUACGAUUCUUUGAAGCUCUCCACCUUCUUCAUUUCCUUGCGCCUUUUCUCCGUUACCCUCCAACCCCACCCCCCACCCCAUCUCUCUCUCUCUCUCUCUCUCUCUCGCUCGCUCGGUUUAUCUCUUUCCUUUAGUCUCAGAUCUCUUCCUUGCAUUCAGCAAAGGUCCUUACAUACAACUCAACUGGUAAUCUCAAUGUCAUCCAGGAUAGUUGAAAUUAGCCAUCUUCCUCUCUUGACCCUCCAUCUGGUACAGCAGAGAGAAAGGUAGAGAGAUGGCGACAGAGAGAGAGAGAGGGGGGGGUGGAUGAAGAAGACGCACCAUUGCUUACCCAUACGUGCUCUUAGAGCAAAUGGCGGUUUUAGAACUCACGAAAAAAAGUAUAUAAUUUCUUCAUUUUUAUCAGACCAAAAAAUUAACUCUAAUGAGGUCAUCCCAUGGUAAACUUUGGCUGUUAAAAUGCAUAGAGCUCUUAAUACUAUAAUUAUCAUCCUUUACAUUAUCAAGAAUUAAUACAAGAAGAAUUAUCGUCCUUUACAUUAUCUUCUACUAGUCAAUAAUGCUCUAAUUCCCAUUUAUUGGUUGUGAAGCAGAUAACUAUUUAGCUUUUAACAUGCCCAUUAAAUACUUUGGCAUGAUGUAAAUCUCUCAAAGAUCAGCCCUCUAAGCUUACUUUCAGUCGGAUGACCCAAUUCCUUGGUAGUACUUAUGAUACUUUUCUUAAUUUAUUUGAGACAAAAAUUAAUGGUAUUAGUCCGUAAUAUAUGAACAACGUAUAUAUAUAUAUAUAUAUAUAUUUGAAAUAUGGGAGAGUUGUUCAAACUUUGAUGAGAUUUUUGCGGUGGUUCGUUAUGUUAGAGGAUGAUUCAAGCACAAUUUUAUCUAAAUUGUCUACCAUGUUUAGUGUAAUUUCUGACGAAUGAAGGAAUUGACUCCAAUAUGGUAGUCUUCUGAUAACUCAAAAUAGAGAAACCUCAAAUGAUUGAACGAAAAGAAUAACCGAAGGAAUACUCUCUCUCUCUCUCUCUAUCGCUAGAGGGAGCUGUUAUCCGUUUUACUAUGAUACCCGGGAUUUUGAUGUUCUAAAGGUGUAAUUUGCAGGUUAAAAGCUCUGAGGAUCAGCACCGAAUCCUCAUACGUCAACUGGUAUUCAGCUGCUCGCCUCUCUCACUUACUCACUCUCUCUCACUCUCAUUUAUCCGUUUAUUUCUCUACCUACCUAUUUAUGCGUGUAUAUCUAUCUCCCUCUAAUACUUAUGAAUCGCUAGCUAUUUCUCUCUCUCCAUCCCUCCCUCCCUUUCCUCGUCGCGAUGAAUGACGUCAAUCGAUAUAACAGGAGGUUGAUGCGAGGUUCGGCUACGCGUGCGUUGACGCCGCCGUCAACCGGUACAACGGCGGAGCGGCGAUGGACAACGCCGGAGGGCCCCCCCCUAAUCACAUCUACGGCUUCCGCGUUCAGCCAAGCCACCCAAAUCUUCAGGUCCCCGGCUACGGCAUCCAUGAGCUACGCCUCGCAUGA